GAGAGAGAGCGAGAGCGAGAGAGAGAGAGAGAGAGAGAGAGAGAGAAAGCGAGAGAGCAGAAAAAAAGAGAGAAAGAGACCAGAAGGAUGGUGACCGGAGUAGGUACCACAAUGCCGACGGGCGGUGUCACCGUCGGCGCUACGCCGCCCGCGCAACACGUGCCUCAGGAGGCUGGUCAGCCGCCGGCGCAGACUACCCCGCCCGUGACGACUACGCGAAGAUCCAGCGAAAAUCGACGGAGCAAUAAGCCUAUUAUGGAGAAGAGACGUCGUGCUCGAAUCAAUAACUCUUUAAAUGACCUGAAGACUCUCGUAUUGGAUGCUAUGAAAAAAGACCCAUCAAGGCACUCGAAGCUCGAGAAAGCCGACAUUUUGGAAAUGGCCGUGAAACAUAUGGAAAACCUCCAACGGCAGUCGGUCGCUCUGACCGCAUCGGCGGAUCCGACCAUCCUGAAUAAAUUCCGCGCCGGUUUCACCGAGUGCGCCAGCGAGGUUGGCAAGUUUCCCGGGUUGGAUACUUCGGUGAAGCGACGUCUGCUGGCCCACCUGGCCUCGUGCAUAGGCCCGGCCGAUGCCAACAGCAACAACGGCCAAACGACGGCUCAACAGCCUGUCCAGCCGGCGCCACCGACGACGCAACUGCAAGUGCACAUCCUGCCGCAGGUCGACGCCACUCCGCGGAUCCAAGUGCAACAGUCGAACGGCAUAUUCUUCACCAACGCCAACGGCACCGGUCUGCAGUUGCUGCCGACCAGAUUGGCGAACGGCGACAUCGCCUUGGUGCUCCCGGCGGGAGCGAAGGCGACACCGGUUACGUCACCCUCCUCGUCACCUACGCCAACCUCACCGUUACCAACAUUAAUCCCCAUCCCCCAGCGAACGGCCAGCACAGCGUCAUCGUCCUCCUCGUCGUCCUCCACCAGCUCGACUUCCACGUCGGCGGCGAGCCCGGUAACGUUCGAGGCGUCGCCGGCGUCUUUCCGCGAUCAGUCGACCGGCUACAGUUCGGGCAACAGCCACAGAGACGUCGCGACGUCCCCGGCGAACGGCUACACGAGUGAUCUCGAGUUCGACCCGCGUAUCUGCAGCCCACCCCUUCAGAAACCCCUCGCUCUAGUGAUGAGAAAGAGCGUGGUGCAGCCGGUGGAGGGGAAACCAUGGAGGCCGUGGUAAAAGGGACAAUCGGGCGGUGAUCGAACUUUGUUUGAUUGUGCCGUGCGUGAUGAUAAGCCGAAGUGAUACCUGACACAAUCCCGACGUGUGACGGUCCGUCGACCGCGCGGCCGCGCUCGAGAAUUCGUUCGCCGUUUCAACGCGUGUUUCAACGCCCCGAUCAACGUAGCUGCGUGAACGGACUUUCGCGGAGGAAAGGAAACAUGUUCCUCAAUUACGUAGACCGUUGUAGACGCGGCUCCCCUCCCCCUCCCCCUCCCCCUCCCCUUUCCUCUGCUAUUCCGUUCGCGAAAGGGAGAACGUGACGACGACGCCGCCGCCGCCGCCGCUAAGUUAGAUGCGAUUAUUUCGCUGAGAGAGAAGACGCGAUUUCUUCCGCCCUGCCUGCCUGCCUUCCUUCCUUCCUUCCUUCCUUCCUUCCUUCCUUCCUUCCUUCCUUCCUUCCUUUCUUCCUUUCCUCCUUCCGACGAGCGUCCGCGUGCAGUCGGCCAGUAGCCAAUUGGUGGCAGUGUGCCUUAUCACUAGUGCCUUGUAAAUACGAUUCUUCCUUUUUAUUACGAUUCUUCUUUGCCGAAACGUGUGUCGGGCAGACAAGCGCAAAUGAUGUUCCUCCUCGAAUGGUGUCGCGACAUUUUUGCCUUUUGAUUCUUCGUCUCCUCUUUUUACUCCUCUUUCCCUCUUGUCCUACCGCGCCGCGUCCUACCGUCGCUAUCUCCCCCCUACUCACUAUUCGUCGAUCAUCGAUUGUGUAUAUAAAUUAUGCGAAUAUUAUAUUUUAAGUGCCUUACGCAACAAGAAUCACCGAGGUCUUCCAUUCUGUUUCUUGUACGUAAAACUCUAGCCGAGUUGUAUAUAUCGUGGUUGUAUAAGCGCGAAGAGGAAGCUCGUCGUCGUAGUCGAUAUAUAUGACUUAGACUCUAGGAUUAAGAAGUCGUGUGCAGAAU